AUGGCAUCUCAAAUAUCGUUUGAGGCUGAUAAUAAGGUCGAUCCUUCUGUCGCGGUCAACGAAGUCCCAGACAGGAACGAUAACCCACCACCAUGGUCGCCAGCGGUCGAGGAAGGCAACGAGGCGACUGAAAAGCCACAGAAGAAAGCAUUCUUCACAAAACCAUGGGGAAGGCGUCAGAUGGGAGCAAUCUGCGCCAUUGUGUUUGUCGCGUUCACCGUCAGCGCACUUGUCAUAGCACUCCCGAUAUAUUUCACGAAAAUUUACGGUUAUGCGAAAGACACAGACGAUUACUGGAAACUGCCUCAGCCCAAUGAAGAUGCAAGCUACCACGAAGAGAAAAACGCGCCCAAAUUUGCUCUGCACAACUUUCCCGACCCCGGACUCAUGAAGCACGAUGGAAUUUGGUAUGCGUAUGGAACCAAUCCCCAGAAGAAGAAUCCCAACAGCAUCCACGUGCCUGUGGCUACCUCGAGUGAUUUUGUGAACUGGACACUCAAGGCAGACUACGAUACACUGCCUACGCUUGGGCCAUGGGAGGGAAAGGUCAAUCACUGGGCACCUGAUGUGAUUCAGCGGAAUGACGGCAAAUUCGUGAUGUAUUACUCAGGUCAAGUGAAGAAAAAUUUCGGUACCCAUCAUUGUGUUGGCGUCGCGGUAUCAAACGGCACAAGUCCCUUGGGCCCAUUCAUCCCGGAAAAUGAACCACUGGCUUGCCCCCACAAACACGGCGGUGCAAUUGACCCAUCGCCCUUCCGAGAUACGGACGGCACACUCUAUGUCGUCUACAAAGGCGACGGAAACAGUGUUGGCCAUGGCGGCAAUUGCGGCAACAGUAAGAAGCCAGUGGUAUCUGUUCCGAUCCUACUGCAGGAACUAAAGAGUGACGGCGUCACAACGGUCGGAGACGCAGUGAAGAUUCUCGAUAUCGAUGGCUCCGACGGUCCGCUCGUCGAGGCUCCCAAUAUCAUCGUCACCUCAGACGGAACUUAUUACCUGUUCUUCUCUUCUCAUUGCUAUACCUCGUUUGGGUACAAUGUGAAAUACGCACACUCUAAGUCUCUCAAAGGCCGAUAUGCCAGGGCUGAUCGGCCUUUGCUGCAGACAUCUGAUUGGGGUCUCGAGUCUCCCGGCGGCGCGACGGUGUCAACAGAUGGAACCAAGAUUGUCUUCCAUGCGAACUGUGGAACACAUCGUUGUAUGUGGGCCGGAGCUUUGGAUAUCCGAUCGAACAACAACACGAUCGUGAUGGCGGAGCUCACAGCGAACCAGACGUCCACGAGUUCUACAAGGAGAUCCCGCUGA